AUGAAGGGUCAGGGCAUAGUUCAUUUUUUUGCAGAAGCAGAAAAUAAGACAAAGCAACUUAAAAAAUGGUUUGGUAAAGAGUUUGUACAAACCAUAUCUAUUACAAAAUCUAAUUUACACAAUUCAAAUUUAGAGAAAUUGGUUAAGUAUAUUGAUUCUAUAAAGAAAUCAAAUAAUGAAGAAGAGCCAAAUAGAGCAUAA